AUGGCUGAUUACGAUGUGCUUUCGGUGUAUAGUCUUUCGUCGCCGUUUAUGGAUCCUUCGCCGGCGUGUGGCUUCUUUGAUAUUAUUCUUGGUCUGUUCCUUGAGGCGAAAGUCAAUACCGGAAAGUUGAUAGGUACAGUAUACCAUGUCCACUGUCAUUACCUAUCCGACACCAGCGCCUCCGCCCGCUUCACCGACUCCCUCCUCACCACGAUCCGCCAACAACGGCACCUGAACACCCGCGUCCUCAUCUCCACACAAGAACCGACCGUCGUCCCCUCCAAGUUCCUCGAGCUCAGCUCAUUCAUCAUCACACAUCGGUUCUCGUCCCCGAAGUGGUUAAGACACUUGUCUGCGCAUGUGAGUGCGCCGCAGGAGAGGCAGGACGAGCUGUUUUCGAAGGUUGGUCUUUUCUGCAUCACCACCACUCAUGGGUUCAUCAAAGCGCGGUGUUCAUUUUUAUCCUUCGUGGCUGUUUUCAGGUCGUAG